AUGGUGGCAAGGACGUUGAAACUGCUGUUUGCUGGCACGUUACCAAAUGAGUCGGAAGAAGCGAGUGGCAAUGACGACACUCCGACAAAUGUCUUCGACGAUUCGGAUGCGAAAGAAGACGUCUAUUACGAGAACCCACAGACGGGCGAACACAGCAUCCUGAAGCGCGCUCAUUCCCCUUCUACUAGCCAUCGUCCUACCAAAGGUACUCGAGUCCAAGGUGGCAAAGCUGCCGUGCCCAAGCGCAUCCUUGCCGACUACGACUCUGAUGACGGUCGUAUUAUUCAUCUGAAGCAACAAGGCUUUUCUGAUGAGUACGUUGCCCAGAGUUUGAUUCAAGAGGGCCGUAUUCGUUACGUACCCAAGACCGUGGGCAGUCGCUGGUUGCGCCUGCGUAAAGCGCUUGAGAAGGCUGAGGAGGAGCGACUUGACGAUGAGCUAAGCGAUUGGCAUGCGGGAGAAGAUGCGAAACUCGAAGCAAGCUUCGCGCUCAUCGAGAAGAACUAUCAAGACGAGAUGGGAAGAAUCACAGAGAAGAAGUGGAAGGCAGUCGCCGACGACUUGGCACUACGUAUGGGUACCAAGAAGAAGUACACACAUACCGCAUGUCGUGAGCGCCAUCACGGCCUAGAGAGUGGGGAGGCGCUGCUCCCAAUCGAGAUCGACCAGGACCAGGAGGGUCGUCGUGUCCUUCGUGAAACCCGCAUCGCUGCAGCGAAGCAACGCCAAAUCGACGAGGCAGCUGAACAGCAGCGUUUAGAGGACGAGAAAAAGGCAAAAUCGGAGGCGAAGAAAGUGAUGCUUCAGGAGAAGGAGGACCUUCGGGUCGCUGCUCAGCUUCGGAAGAUGGCCAACAAUGCGGAGCAGGCCCAGUUGCGGGCCGAGCGCAAUGCUGAGAAGGAGCGUAUGACUGUUCAAAAACGCAUUGCGCAAGAGAAGCUUGCGAGACAGAUCGACUGGGCUAAAGCGCAGAAGGUCGCCGAGAAAGCGAUCCUCAAGCAAUUCGGCUUGAAGGUCAAGGCUACUCAGGCUAAGAAGACUGUGAAAGGCAAAGGUAGUCGGAAGCGUCGUGCAAGCUCUCUUGACGACGGUUCUGAUGGAAGUGAUGCGGACGAUGAGAAGACCAUGGUCACUUUCGACGAUGGCGAUGUUGAGGCUAGUGCUCAUGAGGAUUACGAUGAAGAUGUGGUGGAUGACUACCACAGCAUGCUCGGCGACGACAUCGCCGAUGUGCGCGACCUGACGCCUAUCCCUAAGCCGCCUCAGCCGCUUCAUGUUGCAGUCACUCGCAACACCCUAGAAGACCCUCGCAGCAUCAUGACUCUGAAUGAGCUUGACGUUCUGCUCACUACACGCAAGAUGCCGGCUCGCACAGCUGCCGAAAGCCAACCCCAGAUUGUUGCGCGUGUUUGCGCUGCCGAUGAGGCCCUCAGUACCACAGAGCAAUUCGAGCUGCUGCAGAGCUAUCUCGAAAGCAAGAAAGGUAGCAAGGCCGCACGUCUACACCGUAUUGCUACCUACGAGGCGAAGGCCGGCGUUGCAGCGCUGCAGGGCAUCAAGGCAACAGAUCCCGAGUUCAAGCGCAGCUAUGAAGGCUAUAAGGGGCAAUAUGCCAGCUUAUUGGAGGAGUGA